UAUGACCAACUCGAAACGUAAGCCCACAACGCCAAAAUCCUCAGAAACUUCCACAGAAACUAAAUCCGCAACCACAGAUAAUGUAAAGCUCACGACAGAAUCAAAGGAAGAGGAGCAAAAGAAACAGGAGAAGACGUCUCCAGAGAGCAACACAACUGCUCAGCUUUUUAAAAUCUGCUUUGGACACGAGCUGCAUAACUUUAACAACUUGAAUAGUUUUACAUGUUGGCUGCAACGUCCUGUAGAUGGAGCUGCCCUGGGUGUAUUUCGAAUGCUCUUCGGGGCCAGCAUGUUGAUUGACAUUGCCGAGGAGCGAGGAGGCAGCCAGCUGGAUGUGCGCUAUGGAGAACCCCAACACUGUCAUUUUCCACUGUUCAGUGGGAUGAGGGCUUUGGAGUAUCCAUUCAUGGGCUGCAUCUACAUCUGCAUGUGGCUGGGGGCUUUGGGAAUAAUGCUUGGCUAUCGAUUUCGAUGCAGCUGCUUGACCUUUAUCAUGUGCUAUUGGUAUAUAUUUCUGCUGAACAAGCCGGCGUGGAAUAAUCACAGCUAUCUCUUUGGUCUGACGGGCACACUUUUGCUGUUCACUCAGGCUCACAGUUACUGUUCCCUGGACAGUUGGCUUCAACCACAGCUAAGGCAACCGGUGCCUUAUUGGAAUUACUUUCUCAUUAAAUUCCAGUUCUUUAUACUCUACAUGUACGCGGGAUUGAAGAAGUUUUCGCUGGAAUGGCUGUCGGGUUAUGCCAUGUCCAGUCUUAGCCAACAUUGGGUAUUCGCACCAUUCCGUAAGCUGCUGGAUGGGGAGCUCAUUGAUCUGUUGCUUAUCCAUUGGUUUACGGCCAUCUUUGAUCUUUCCAUUGCCUUCUUUAUGACCUGCGAUAGAACUCGUCUCCUUGUUACCCCAUUCAUGAUUGGUUUUCAUUUGAUGAACUCGCGAUUGUUUGCUAUAGGCAUGUUCCCUUGGGUCUGUCUGGCGGAGGUGCCGCUCUUCUUUGGCUUUAGCUGGCCACGAAGGAUACGUGGCCUGGACAAGUCAACAACAAUGAAAGUCAAAGAGUCUCCAAUUCAAGGCAAUCCUGGAUUUAAGGCCCAACUACGUAGCUGCAUCAUCCUCUUUUACUGCGCCCUACAAUUAUUCCUGCCCUAUUCCCACUUCAUCACAAAGGGUUACAACAACUGGACCAAUGGACUUUAUGGUUAUUCCUGGGAUAUGAUGGUGCAUUCCUACGAUACAGUGCUGACGUCCAUUAAGAUUGUAGACAAUGACAAUCAGAAGGUGCAUUACCUAAAUCCCUAUGCAUUCACUGAAUACGAGCGCUGGACAAAGUCCGCCGACAUGGCAGUGCAGUAUGCCAAGUGCAUAGAACGAAAUAUACAUGAGGACAUGGAAAGGCAUCCACAAAACAGUCCAUUGACCAGUACCAAUAUUUCCAUUUACUUUGACAUUUGGUGUUCCAUGAACCAACGCUUUCAACAGCGCGUUUUUGAUCCUCGCGUGGAUCUGCUGAAGGCUCCUUGGUCGCCCUUUAAACAAACUCCCUGGUCAUUGCCGCUACUCACGGAGCUAAAUCAUAUGCGUCCGAAAUUAAAAACAAUUGCCAACGAGGUGCUGGCCUGGAAUAACUACUCGGAUGUCAUAUUUGUGGCUGAUUUUCCUGGCCUAACGCUGAGCAACUUCAUCGCUCCGGCUUUGUUCAACUGCACGCUGACCAUACUCGAGGGUAAUGUGCGCUACAAGAGUUCCAAUGAUGAGGAGUCAUACUUUCUGACAGCUGGCAAGAGCAUUGGCCUGGAGAGCAAUGCCACACACUAUGUGACCACUAUUGGUCAAAAGCCAGCCUCCUAUCUGUACACCUAUGUGAACAGAACAAUGCAGGAGGAGAAUAUACAGAUUGAUGAUGAUGGACUGACCAAGGAUCGUCCAAUUUUGCCACUCUGGAAGGAAUUCAAUCAACGUAUUGCUAACUACCAACAGUUCCUUACGCAUUUGGCCAAUUGUGUGCUGUAUUUGCUGUACGAUGUCCCCAUCCCAAUGUCCAUACGAGAGAGAGUUUAAGAAUGAAGCAGCUGAGAUCAUUUGUAUUUCCUUGCCUAUCCCUAAGUGUCGCAAAAUGUGUGGGUGAUAAAACUGAUAAUAAAUGUUUAAUGUUAUACCUCUGAAA